AUGGACGUGGUCGUGGACGUGGAUGUGGACGUGGACUUGGACGUGGAGGACGUGGACGUGGACGUGGACGUGGAGGACGUGGAUGUAGAUGUGGACGUGGACGUGGUUGUGGACGUGGACGUUGACGUUGACGUGGACGUGGACGUGGUCGUUGACGUGGAGGACUUCGACGUGGACAUGGACGUGGACGUGGACAUGAUCGUGGACGUGGACGUGGACGUGGACGUGGUCGUGGACGUGGACGUGCACGUGGACGUAGACGUGGACGUGGUUGUAGACAUGGACGUAGACAUGGACGUGGAUGUGGACGUGGUCGUGGUCGUGGACGUGGUCGUGGACGCGGUCGUGGACUUGGUCGUGGUCGUGGACGUGGACGUGGACGUGGUCGUGGACGUGGACGUGGACGUGGUCGUGGACGUGGACGUGGACCUGGACGUGGUCGUGGACGUGGACGUGGACGUGGUCUUGGACGUGGACAUGGACGUGGACGUGGACGUGGACGUGGACCUGGACGUGGACGUUAACGUGGACGUGGACGUGGUCGUGGACGUGGACGUGGACAUGGACGUGGUCGUGGUCGUGGACAUGGACGUGGACGUGGUCGUGGACGUGGACGUGGAGGACGCGGACGUGGAGGACGUGGACGUGGACGUGGAGGAUGUGGACGUGGACGUGGUCGUGGACGUUGACGUGGACGUGGACGUGGACGUGGACGUGGACAUGGACGUGGACAUGUUUGUGGACGUGGACGUGGACGUGGUCGUGGACGUGGUCGUGGUCGUGGACGUGGACGUGGUCGUCCACGACGUGGACUUCGACGUGGACGUGGACGUGGACGUGGUCGUGGACGUGGACGUGGACAUGGUCGUGGACGUGGACGUGGACGUGGACGUGGACGUGGACGUAGACGUCGAUGUGGACGUGGACGUGGACGUGGACGUGGUCGUGGACGUGGACGUGGACGUGGACGUGGAGGUGGACGUGGACGUGGACGUAGACGUGGACGUGGACGUGGACGACGAGGACGUAGACGUGGACGUGGACGUGGACGUGGACGACGGACGUGGACGUGGACGUGGACGUGCGUGGGACGUGGACGUGGACGUGGACGUGGACAUGGACGUGGACGUGGACGUGGACGUGGACAUGGACGUGGACGUGGACGUGGACGUGGACAUGGACGUGGACAUGGACGUGGACGUGGACGUGGACGUGGACAUGGACGUAGACAUGGACAUGGACGUGAACGUGGACGUGGACGUGGACGUGGACAUGGUCGUGGACGUGGACGUGGACGUGGACGUGGACGUGGUCGUGGUCGUAGACGUGGUCGUGGACAUGGACGUGGACGUGGACAUGUUUGUGGACGUGGACGUGGUCGUGGACAUGGUUGUGGAUGUGGACGUGGACGUGGACGUGGUCAUGGACGUGGACGUGACCGUGGACGUGGACGUGGUCGUGGACAUGGUCGACGUGGACGUGGUCGUUGACGUGGACAUGGACGUGGACAUGGACGUGGACGUGGACAUGGACGUGGACAUGGACGUGGUCGUGGACGUUGACAUGGACGGGGACGUGGACGUGGACGUGGUCGUGGACGUGGACGUGGACGUAGACGUGGACGUGGACGUGGACGUGGUCGUGGACGUGGACGUGAACGUGGACGUGGUCGUGAACGUGGACGUGGACGUGGACGUGGACGUGGUCGUGGACGUGGAGAUGGACGUGGACGUGGAUGUUGACGUGGACGUGGACGUGGUCGUGGACGUGGACGUGGUCGUGGACGUGGACGUGGUCGUGGACGUGGACGUGGACCUGGUCGUGGUCGUGGUCGUGGAUGUGGACGUUGACGUGGUCGUGGACGUGGUCGUGGACGAGGACGUGGACGUGGACGUGGACUUGGACAUGGAGGACAUGGACGUGGAGGACGUGGACGUGGAGAACGUGGACGUGGAUGUGGACGUGGACGUGGUUGUGGACGUGGACGUUGACGUUGACGUGGACGUGGUCGUGGACGUGGAGGACUUCGACGUGGACAUGGACGUGGACGUGGACGUGAUCGUGGAUGUGGACGUGGUCGUGGACGUGGACGUGGACGUAGACGUGGACGUGGUCGUAGACAUGGACGUAGACAUGGACGUGGACGUGGACGUGGUCGUGGUCGUGGACAUGGUCGUGGACGUGGUCGUGGACAUGGACGUGGACGUGGACAUGGUCGUGGACGUGGAUGUGGACGUGGACAUGGACGUGGACGUGGACAUGAACGUGGACGUGGACGUGGUCGUGGACGUGGACGUGGACGUGGACAUGGACGUGGACGUGGACGUGGUCGUGGACGUGGACGCGGACAUGGACGUGGACGCGGACAUGGACGUGGUCGUGGUCGUGGACAUGGACGUGGACGUGGUCGUGGACGUGGACAUGGACGUGGAGGACGUGGACGUGGAGGACGUAGACGUGGAGGACGUCGACGUGGACGUGGUCGUGGAUGUUGACGUGGACGUGGACGUGGACGUGGACGUGGAGGACUUGGACGUGGACAUGGACGUGGACGUGGACGUGGUCGUGGACGUGGUCGUGGUCGUGGACGUGGUCGUAGACGUGGACGUGGUCGUAGACGUGGACGUGGUCGUGUACGACGUGGACUUGGACGUGGACGUGGUCGUGGACGUGGACGUAGACAUGGUCCUAGACGUGGACGUGGACGUGGACGUGGACGUGGACGUAGACGUGGACAUGGACGUGGACGUGGACGUGGACGUGGACAUGGACGUGGACGUGGACGUGGACGUGGACGUGGACUAG